ACGGCUGCAGCGGGCUGCCGGCGCUGUCAGAAGAGUGUGAUACGUCGCAGGCGGGAGGCGCGCGCAGGAAGCUGCCGGCGGGGUAAAGGAAUCCGAGGUUGCGGAAGAAUGCAAUGCGCUGCGAUUCCGUGCGGUCGAUUUCGAGUUCGUCCGGCGGCCAGCGUCUGGGGCAGCAGCAGUGAGCGGAGGAGGUGCGAGGGAAGAAGAGCGAAGUGUCGACGGCGUUUGCGUGUUAUUCAAGCUCCAUUGCGUCCCCCCAUCCGCCGCGCAAACUCGGUCUGCGCACCUGCCACCACCCACCCGCUCAUCCUCCAUCGUCAAAGCGCGCAGUGCGCAGUGCACCACCCGAGUUUCGGCCUGGCCUUCUCCGGGGGGCCGAGGUGCCAAGGUGCCAUUUUGGGGAACGGGCCUUGCGAGCAGAUGAGCGGGUGCUACUGCGAGCAAUUCGGGGCGCCGUCGAGUUGUGCAGGCCGGAGCUCUUAUAUACCUGUUGGCUUUCACUAUUUCAGAUGAUGCCACUCGGCGCGCGUCGGUUUACGUCGGUACGAAACUCCCCGGAAUGGCGUCCGUCCAUAGGCCUUCACAUGUAGGGAGCAAGGGAAUCAGCCCCGAUUGGGAGCUAGAUGCAGUGCUAUAUGCCCUGUAUUCAGCAGUGGGAAGACGGCAGCCGACGUUGAUCAUCUCCUAAUUCCUGUGAUU